AUGACUUUGAAGAAAAAUAUAACCAUUCAAAGUGGUGACGUGAGAAUGGCUAAUCAAAACUUUAAUUCAUCGCAGUCCAUCUAUGAAAUUCGACUAAUUCCUUCUAGUAUUAUAAAUUCAUAUAAAUCUGCUUCAUUCAAUCCGGUUAUACAAAUUAAACAACACCAAAUUAUUAAUAUUUACAACUUAUUUCAUGGUUCACAUGUCGAUGUUCAAGGCACUAUCGUGUACGAUAAUGAAACAACAGCAAAUAUUUCACAGUCAACUGGUCAAUCACAUACUCGACGAUCAAUAAAAAUAAAGGGCGAUACUGGUUCAAUUAAUGUAACAAUCUGGAAUGAAAAAACAGAAGAAAUACCCGAACAAAUAACCAACAAGACAAUUAGAAUAAGAAAUGUCAAGAUAAACCAUUAUCAUGAUUACAUCACACUGAACAGCUACGAUCGAACCAUCAGACAGAUAUAUUGA